AUGCCCGACGGCCGGCCGCUGUACCAGCAGCAGCUCAGCCUCCUCGCCAAGGCCUGCGCAAACGCCCCCGCCAUCUACAUCUCCCUCGCCCAGGACUCGCAACCGCCACCACCAACAUAUCCGCACCGCUGGAACAAGACCCACCCCACCGCCAACAUCACUGCCCACGUCCUCCCCCCCAAGCGACCUAAGUUGAAAACCCAAGUCCUGGUCCUCCAGGACCUCCCGCACAACCCCUCCCCGUCCUCCUCUCAGUCCGCCGGCCCAACGACAGGCGCCUCCUGGAAGCAUCUGUGCGAGCGGUACCAGCCGCCGGUGACGUGUUUUCGGAACGGCGACGGAUUUCUGGAGCCGCUCGUUGCUGUUUGGGGACCGCAGGCUUUGGCGAGAAUGGCGGCCCUGGCUAGUGAGGGCAAGCAGAGGGAGGGGACGGGUGUCAGGCCAGCGGGGAUUGCGAGCGACGUCGGGGCGAGGAUUAUCAUUAUUGACGAGGUUGGCUGGAAUGACGGGGCGGGGCGUGAAUGGUGUGGUACGGUGUGGAGGGGCUAG